CUAAACAAAGCCACGUGGGAGGCUUUCGCAUCCCGGCGGUGUCUCUUUAAAUAACAAGGUAACUUGGAGUGGCUGGGGCGGAUCUUCUUGUCCCUUCCUCCUCCUCCUUCUCUCCUCAGUUACUCCCUGGCAGGUUGUCCGAUCUGGUUUCUGGGACUUCCAGGCACCGGCUUUGCUCAGCGGCCAGAUGUUGCAACUGCCACCCCCCAUUCCUGGCGCUGUCCGCGGGCUCAUCCGUCUCCAGCCCAGACCGGAGCUGGCCUCCCGAAGCCAGGGGAGGAGAGGAGGUGGUGGAGAAGCCGAAGGACCCCUUCAGUAAUGUGCUGUUGAGACCAGGGCGAAGCGAUGGGGAUGUUGUUGCCCGGAGAUCACAGCUUCCUUCUGGGCUUCUGGACUGCUCUCUUGAACACGCUGCAUGGUGAGAAGUCCUGGGCCAGGAAGCUUGACGAAAUCAGCCUGUUGCAACAGAAGAGGAUCUGGGACUCUCCUCUCCUCUUGGCUGCAAAGGAAAACGAUGUCCCAGCCAUCCAGAAGCUGCUUGCCAGCAACAACUGUGACAUUCAUGAGAGAGGUGCUGCGGGGGAGACAGCACUGCAUGUAGCUGCCUUGUACAGUAGCUUGGAAGCCGCCCAGCUCCUGAUGGACACAGCUCCAGAUCUGGUGGACGAGGUGAUGACAUCAGAGCUGUACAGAGGACAGACAGCUCUUCAUAUAGCUGUGGUGAGCAGAAACCUAAACCUGGUGAAAGCUUUGCUUGAGAAGGGAGCAGAUAUUAACAGCCCACGGGCCACUGGGUAUGUCUUCAGGUGCAGAAGUGACAACCUCAUCUAUUUUGGGGAACAUGUUUUAUCUUUCGCAGCCUGUGCGGGGAGUGAAGCAAUUGUGCAGCUGCUCAUUGAAAAUGGCGCCAACAUCCGAGUACAAGACUCCUUGGGCAACUCUGUACUCCAUGUCUUGGUUCUCCAGCCUAACAAGGCAUCUGCAUGUCAAAUGUACAAUCUCAUUCUCUGUUACAACCAGGAAGACAAAGAGCUCGGGGCCCUGGAUCUAAUCCCCAACAAACAGGGACUUACUCCCUUUAAGAUGGCUGGUGUUGAGGGCAACACGGUGGUGUUCCAGCACCUAAUGCAAAGAAGAAAGCACAUACAAUGGACCUUUGGGCCUUUAACAUCCACUUUGUAUGACCUCACAGAAAUUGACUCAUGGGGUGAUGAUCAAUCUCUCCUAGAACUCAUCGUAACUUCAAAAAAAAGAGAGGCUCGGCGAAUCUUAGACCUCACCCCCAUUAACGAACUAGUAAGCCUGAAGUGGAAUAAGUAUGGCAGGCCAUAUUUCUCUGUGUUGGCCUUAUUCUAUGUCCUGUAUAUGAUUUGCUUCACAAUGUGUUGCGUCUACCGUCCUCUUAAAGCACGAAGCUGUAACAAAACGAAUGAAAGGGACAACACAAUCUACAUUCAGAAACUGGUGCAGGAAUCGUAUCUCGCUUCUGAAGAUAAACUCCGACUGGUGGGUGAGCUUAUCACUGUGAUUGGAGCCAUCGUAAUAUUGAUUCUAGAGAUUCCAGAUAUCUUGAGAGUGGGUGUCACCAAGUACUUUGGGCAGACCAUCCUCGGAGGACCUUUCCAUGUCAUCAUCAUCACAUACGCCUUUAUGAUCCUGGUCACCAUGGUGAUGCGUCUCACCAGCACCAAUGGAGAGGUGGUCCCCAUGUCUUUUGCCUUGGUGCUUGGCUGGUGCAAUGUCAUGUACUUCGCCCGAGGAUUUCAGAUGCUAGGACCCUUCACCAUUAUGAUCCAAAAAAUGAUCUUUGGAGACCUCAUGCGGUUCUGCUGGCUAAUGGCAGUGGUGAUACUUGGCUUUGCAUCUGCUUUUUAUGUCAUCUUCCAAACUGAAAAUCCUGAUGAACUAGGCCAUUUUUACAACUACCCCAUGGCACUCUUCAGCACUUUUGAGCUCUUCCUCACCAUCAUCGAUGGACCUGCCAAUUAUGAAGUGGAUUUGCCCUUCAUGUAUGGAAUCACCUACUCUGCCUUUGCUGUCAUUGCCACCCUCCUCAUGCUCAACCUGCUUAUUGCCAUGAUGGGUGAUACACACUGGCGUGUGGCCCAUGAACGGGAUGAGCUUUGGAGAGCACAGGUUGUUGCCACUACCGUCAUGCUGGAACGUAAACUCCCACGAUGCCUCUGGCCUCGCUCUGGGAUCUGUGGGCAGGAGUAUGGGCUGGGUGACCGGUGGUAUCUCCGGGUUGAAGAUCGAUCUGAGAACUGGCAGCAAAAACAGCUCUGUGCUAAAAUGUACGAGCCGCACCGAAGGGAUGGCUUUGAGAAGUACUUGAAGGGCAAACUGACGCCGGCGCUGGAUGGGGGUGGACAGGUUUACUCAAAGAAGCAGACGCCCUUGAGCACCCCUAAUGAAACACCAAACUCAUCGCGAAGGAGCUCCAGGUGCGGCUGGGACAUCUUAAGGCGCAACACACUGGGCCAGCUGCAGGGAUACACCAACCAUGCCAUGGAAGAGGAGGAAGUCUAUCAUGUGUGAACCACCAGAACUAUUGCCCCAUGGAGGCCCAUGGAAGAGCCUCCCUGGUAAAGGCAUCACUCCAAAUGAUUGGGUAGAUCCUCCAGUGCUUUUAUACUGACCACACUAACUUAAGUUAUCUGGCACUGAUGAUGGCUAACGGAGUUGAUAGUGUGGGUCCCAGGUUGCUGUGAAGGACUGCUCCUCAGAAAAGUCUUCUUCUGCCGUGGAUGCAUCAGCAGGUACAGCAGUGUCAAUGUGCUGCCACAAGUCUAGGAGAACUUUUUGGGAAAUGACCAGGACUGUGGAAGGCUUAAGGGACAAAGACUCUUAUCCAGAGCCUUCGUAAGUGUUUGCACAUCUUAGUCUUUGGCUAGGGGCCUAGAGAAGACCAGUCUGCUUCUGCUGGUGGUGCUAGGUAACAGGGUUCCAGUUUAGCCACCAAAGGCUCCUGUUUGCUUAACAGAAGGCAAGAGCUGUCAACACUCAUAACACUGUAUAUAUCCCUGUAAAAAGCAGGCAGAGAUUCAGACGAAUUGUCUCAUCCUACCACACACACUGGGAUACGUCAUGGCGGAACCGCCGUGUAUAAGGAACCUGGAGCUGCUGCUCCCGCCCCGGGUUCCUUUCUCCGCUCUUCCGGGCAGUCUGUAGUAGAACACAACAUGUGGCAUUGAGACAUGAUGCUGUGCAUUGCUUUGCCCUCCAAUGAUGUCACAUCACGUGUUGUGCUCUACAGCCUGUUAAUGGGAGAGGGUAAAAGAAACACAAAACAGCCCCACAGAACCGCGCUGUUUCCUGUGGCAUCGACUUCUGUCUCCCAAUCUCUUAAAACCCUUCAGUGAAGGACAAUCUUGGAAAAUAUAUUCCACUGCCCCAAUUAAGCUAAACAGUAAGGAAUUGUUUCCUAAUACAUAAUUCGAAUCUACAUGCAUUCAAUUCAAAUUAAAUCUCAUCCUUCCUGCCCUACGCCUGGAUGGCUGUGUGUGUGUUUGCGUGUGUGUGAUUGUGUGGAGUUUGUUUGUUUGUUUGUUUGCCAUAAAGUUUUAUGGCCACUUUCUAAUGUGAGAGGCAUUUUUACAAGAAAAGUGUUGUUUUCUUAAGGUCAAAAACCUACUUCCUUCAGACUGUUCCUCAUGCAACCCUCUUUUGAAUCUAUUUGUCACCUCUACUGCCCUCUUCAAUAUUUCCUCCCAUGCCCAUAUUUCUUGUUUUGACUGUGGCUGAAACUUGACAUGACAAGAGGUUGCAUGGCUGCUGCCCAGAACUAUAGCUCCGUCUCAAUCCAUCUUCUCCUAGAAAUGUCCAGUAAGCUAAACCAGAGCAUACAGGAUUGUAGCAUUCAUUGUGAUUUGGCAGCAAAUAGCAGCCUGUGAAAUGCUCUGAAGGUGGGGAAACCUGUAACGUGUCACACGUUUUCGUGUACUAGACAUUAGCAGGGGCAAGAACGGAUAUUAUGCAGGACUGUUGCUUUGGGUGGCACCGCAUGCAAUCUUUGUACCAGCUUGUUUCACUGCAUGAUACUUAAAACCAGAUGCUUCUUGUCCUUAACUGGUCCCUGUGACAGUUGUUAUGUUCCAUUCUCCCGUUCUAAAAUGUGCUGCUUGUCUUAUGUUUUCCCAAAAUGUUGUUUCCUAUUUCCCCCACUCCAAUCGCAACUGCUUGCUUAAUUCAUGUUCUAGUUUUUCAUAAAAUGCAGCUCUGGAGCUGGCAUUGCUACCACUCUGGGGGAAGAAAAUGGGUCAUUGCUCGUUUACAUAUACUAAUUUAAUUAAAUAUAUGCAUUAAAAAAAAACCCACUAUUGCCUGUCAUGGAGACUAUGGCUUAUGAAAAAGGCUGGGUGACAAAAGGAACUUGGAGAGAUUAAAACCCAGCCCUGACACUUCUGCACUGGGGCGAUCCUUCUCAGCUGUGUUCAGGUGGAGGCGGUGGGGCCCCCGUUGUCCUGUCCUGCUGUGCUUGUGCAUUUGGCUUUGCCUCCCUUGGCCGUGGUUGAAUUCAACUUUUUUUUUCUGCCCGGUCCUUGAAUACCUUCAGUGUGAUUUUAGUUUUAUAGGGUAACUUUGGAAGAGUUUGAAGUCCAUUUCUGUUGUGUUGUGGGCAAAUGUGGCGUUUGUACUCUCCUCCUUCAAGUAAUUAUUAUGUUAAGCCAACAUUGGGUCAAGUAUGGAACCCAGGGGAAUAUUGGCCCUAAAUUCACAUGGCUCCAUUACUGAACACUUUCUCUAAGGCUGCUCUACAAGACACAGGCUGACAUGACCUGCAAUCCGGUAGUGGCGUGAGGAGGGCUGUGCAGGGAUGCGGAAGGUUUCUUGUACACCCAUAGCCCUCUUCCUAUUGCCAAGGGGCUGUGGAUCAUGUUGGCCACUUUUGUUCAUUUGAUCUUUCUUAAAUGCUAGGUCUCCAUAAGCACUAGGGCUUAUUCAAAUGACAUUUGAUUGUUUUGGGAAUACUAUAGCUACCAUUUGCUAAUGCACCAAAGCCCAGAUGCCAGGUUUUCCUAUGGUAAAAAUGGCAACUGGUGAUAUACACCUUUAUGCCCAUCAUUUAGCAGAAGUGCUCCUGGGAGUCAAUGACUAUAUAGCAGGGUGAUCUAUGCACUGAAAUCAAUUUCCAAAAUUGCAUUGUAGCAUGUCAUCAUGAGCCAGCAGUGUACAAUUGCUCAUGGAAGAUGAAGUGUGAAUCCACAGAAUUUCUGUGUGGAUGCACAAAUCCAGCAGCAGCAUCUGACCCUGGAUUAUAAAUUACACACGCAAUGCAUCGCUCUCCUUGGAUGCACUUCUAACACUUGUAAUCCCUACCACGCCCUUCACAGUGUUGUGUAGCGUCCCAUGUGAUGCUGCUGUGAAUGUACAUCCCCAUCUCUUGUCUGGCAGCACAGUGGGUGAAUAAAUACAGAUGACCUUUGGACAAGUGGGAAUUCACCUUCGUGUGCAAGACAACACUUGGUAAGGUCAUCUGUGUUGUCCUGCCAACUAUCUUUGUGAACCACCUAAACUGUUGAGGAACAUUUUACCUUCUACCCUUGAUGGGCAAUGCAGGAAAGCAAUGGGAGGGAUGGUAAAAUUCUCCUUGCCUUCGGGCAGGACCAUACAGACGUACACUGUGGUAAGUGACCAUGUAGUAAAUGAUUGUCUGUAUUCACCCAGUGUGUAAUUAUUACCAGCGGGCUAUUAGUUAUAUGAAAGGCAUUGUUGCAUGUGAUUAUCUCUGGAAGCGGGAGCAUGUGUGCUGACAAGAAAACAAAAAUGUGCAUUCACUAGGUUAUUUGCAAUAAGCAGCUGCAUUCCUAAGGGUUGCCACUCAAAUUUGCGAAAAGCUAUUUCUUGCAUCGCAAGCCACAUUAAUCACAUUUGUACAUUCAAAUCAAAACUCUGCAGCUAAGUCCUGCAAAAGUAUUCGAACACCCGAUUUGGGAAUUACUCUCUGUAGGACAAAUGCUACUGGCUAACAUACUGCACAAGGGAACGUGGGCAGCUUGAGCACCUCUUAUGCUCCUGUGUGCAUGCAGGUAUCACCAACAAGUGCUCUGUGCACACAGUUGUGCGAUGCGAUGCCUACUGGACAUAAUGGGCAUUGCGUAACUGCAUGGAGUGCUUACAGUGGAGCCCCAUCAGUGGUAUUUACAUGCAAUGCUUAAGUGGCCCGCAUUCCCUUGUGUGGUAUGUCAGCCACAGUCCGUAUCCGCAGUGCAGUGGAAAUGCACGAAAGAUCUCACCAACAGGAUAUUUGGGUUGCUAGAGCUGGAAGCAAACCAUAUGAUUUGGAUGAACUCCAUUUGAAAACAUGACAAUGACUAUGUAGCACUUGUGAACUCAGCUAGAAUACUUCAUUCUGAGCAAUACCUGUAUCCCAAUAUUCCUGAAAGAGCUCACUUCCAAGAGCAUUCAUUGGAUCUAUGCUAGAAGCUUAAUGCCAUUCUGACUUCCCCCCAAAAAUGGGACUCUAGAAUUUAUCUAUUUAGUUAGUGAGCUGUGCUCCAAUGGAUUUUUUCCACCUGCUCCUUAAUGUUGCCAUGAGCAUCCUGUGCACUUCCUCCAUACCUAUCAUUUCCUGUUCUGACCUAUUUGAGAUGGUCUUAAUUAUUUUUGUAUUUAAAUGUGUGCACAAGCCAUUCCUUUUAUUCCGUCCUUCCCUCUUCAACAAAGAUAAUGUGUAAUAUAUUUUUGGUGGCUUGAAGGGUCUGAGCUGGAACAAAUGUGAAUCCUAUUUUAGAAUUAUUUAUUUCCCAAGAUGCUGCCUCGUAUUCUUUUUCUAAAACUUGAGCUAGAUCUUUCCCACCAUUUCAAAACUGAAUCCAAAACGGUCCUUGGGACAAAGCGUUCCAACCUUCAGCAGCUUCCCCCUACCCGUCUGCUUGGCCUGGUCUUGCCGUGUGCACCAUGGCAAUCCUUUCCCUGCUGUGGCCUGACCACGGGUCAUGAACCUUUGCUACUGGUUUGGUCUAGCUAUUGUACUGGAGAGGGGAGCAAUUUUAUCAGUGCUCAGACCAAACGCCCCCUGCUUUGAAAUGGGUCCAAUAGCUCAGGCCUUCCCUGGGGCCACUCGGUCACUUCACAUGCUUGAUAUCAGGACGCAAAGAGGCCGAGAGUGGAGGGGCAAGGUCAAGUCUUCCCUGCUGACCUUGGCUCCUCGGAUGACUCGCAACAGAUAGCCUCUUAAUUCAUCUGGGUGGGGUUGUCCAGGUUAAUUUAGGGCCGGAAGUGGAGGUGGAAAGGACUCUGUCUCUAGGCUGUGUAUACAGAAUGGGCAGUCCAAUACUGCUCUGGAGAACAAACUGUUGAAAGGGUCAUCUAACAGCCGCUUCUGCAUGCCCACCCCAAGCUCUCUUUAUCGGGUGAUGGCAGAACGGAGCUUGAAAAGGGGAUAGGGAGAUGGACUCACAAGCUAUGUCAGCACGAGUCUGUUUUCGAGUAUCCAUUCAUUCUACAUUGCUAGUGGUUUCCUGAAUCCACACCUUACACUGCAGUGUCCAUGUUCUGUUGUGACUGGUGCUCUUAAGUAGGGAUGUCCAUGGAACAUCUCCCCCACCUUUAAAGUCCGACACCGCCCACAUCAAACGUUCGAACCGGCCAAUGGUCGAACCUGUUUGGAGGCCUGUAAAAUGGCCUCCGAAUAGGUUCAUGCACAUCCCUACUCUUAAGUGUGCACAUAUUCUAGUGCUGGGACCCCACUGGUUUCAGUGGACGUACACGUCCCUUUGCUGUGUUGGGUUGUGGCCUAAUUGGAAUACAAAUUGGCACCUCAGAAAAACAGGGAAGCUUAAACUGUGAAGAAAUAACCUCAGUGGUAGCAAAGGUUCUAUGACCAACAAUAGUGAACUCCUCUGCAUCCUGGCUCUCUGCUGCAUUUUGAAAGUUGACAAGCAUUUUUAAAAUUGUAUUUUAACAAGUCUGACCAGACACGUUUAUGCGCAUCCAGCCAACUACACCGUAUCAGAUCGAUCUCUUUUCAAUCAUUUCCUGCCCCCGGUGGGUGUGUACACACACACACACACACACACACACACUCUUUAUAUAAUAUAAAGAGCUUGCAUGUAUGGCUGGGUACAGAUCUGAUGCAGUUUCAAAAAUAACUGACACGAAGGCAAUUCCAAAAAUAGCCAUAAUAGCUCAGUCGUUGCUCAUAUAUACCAGGUAUAGCAUGCAAGGUGAUUCACCCACCUUGCAUGGAGGUUAGCAUGGAGCAGUGCAGUUAACAAAAGUAAUUAAGUCAAUCAGCAAUCAAGAGAUGUGCUGAUGAGAUCACCUUGGUUUAGCUAUAUGCACAGUGAACAUCCAAAACUUGGUGAAUAUUGACAAUCUUUUGUGAAUGUGCAAAAACUUAACCUGCAUCACAAAUGUUGACAGCCACUAAACAUGAUUGUCAAUAUUCCCUAGCCUAGUGCAUAUCUGAAAGGUGGGGGAAAUAGAUACCUAGUUUUCAGCAUGUAGAUGUUGAAUUUCACUACACUUUGGACAUUCAGUAUGCCAUGAAAAAGGACAGUCUCAAGGCACUUUCCUGAAGGAGUGACAUUUACUGCCACAGAUAUGCACUUUAUGGUGAUACACAUAAGGGGCUCACUCUCAUAGUGGACCCCACCCCACCCCUUCCCCUCUGAAUAAGAUCUGUUUAGCCAUUUUUUUUAAUGAGUUUCUACAUCAACAGUGACUAUGUUCUGUGUAGAUCAGAUUUGAAGGGCAGCUCAACUCUGUAAACCUGUCUUGAUUAAACAGCCUGUUGUUCUUUUUUAGCCUUGAGAAGGUCCAUGCCGCCCCAGAGAUCCACAUGUCUUCCUAAUAAAGCCUUGUGCACAGA